CUCACCACCAUGUAAUAUAAAUAGAUCAAAUUCCGUUGCAAAUCAUACCAAAUUGUAUCCAAAAUGAAUUGCAAUUGGUGUGGUCUUCAUCUUCUAGUUGUUGUAGUAACAUGCUGUACGUUCUUUUUGCCCCAUUUAGUGGUGCCUUACACUGUCGUGAUGUCUGAUUCCGGCGUGCCAUCCGCCCUUGUAGACGGGCCGCAAACCGGGUUUUCCACGAAGCAAGAUGGAGCUAGAACUGAGGCGCGGGAGCAGGAAGCGGUGUACGACAUCAUGAGAGCCACCGGGAAUGAUUGGGCCACUGAAAUCCCCGACGUGUGCCGCGGACGGUGGCACGGCAUUGAGUGCAUGCCCGAUAAGGAUAAUGUGUAUCACGUUGUCUCACUCUCCUUCGGCGCCCUCUCCGACGACACAGCUUUCCCGACAUGCGACCCGACCCGGUCCACUAUCUCUCCCUCCGUCACCAACCUCCCUCAUCUCAAGACAUUGUUCUUUUACCGUUGUUUCAAUUACAACCCGCACCCGAUUCCUUCCUUCUUAGGUCGACUCGGCCAAACCUUGCAAACUCUAGUCCUAAGAGAAAACGGCCACGUCGGCCCAAUUCCUCAUGAGUUGGGAAACCUCACACGUCUCAUCGUACUUGAUCUUCACAGCAACGACCUCAACGGUUCAAUACCGGUCUCGCUGGGCCGGAUUACUAGUUUGAAGUCCUUGGAUUUGAGCAGCAACAAGCUAACCAGUUCAAUUCCCAGUUUAACGUUCCCCAACUUGAACAUACUGGACCUGAGCCAGAACCUUCUAACGGGUUCAAUUCCUAUGUCGCUUUGGGACUGUCACUCUCUAAUCAAAUUGGAUCUAAGUCGUAACCGUCUCGUGGGCCUUAUUGCUGAGAAACUCACGGGCCUAAAAGAGCUUAUUCUUAUGGAUCUAAGCUACAACCGUAUCAAGGGCCCGUUUCCGCCCUCGAUGAGGAGCCUGGGCUCUCUUCAGGCCUUGAUCCUCAAGGGAAACCCAAUGGGCUCCACGGGUAUACCAGAUGAUGGGUUUGAUGGCAUGACGAGCUUGAUGAUAUUGAUCAUGUCCCACAUGAAUUUACAUGGGCCGGUCCCGGAAUCACUAGGGAAAUUACCCAACCUUAGAGUGCUCCAUCUUGAUGAAAACCAUCUCAAUGGGUCAAUCCCCAAGAGUUUCAGAGAUUUGAGAAGCCUGAGUGAACUGAGGCUGAAUGAUAAUAAGCUAACUGGGCCUGUUCCAUUUGAUAGAGAAGUGGUUUGGAGGAUGAAAUGGAAGCUGAGACUGCAUAACAAUUCAGGCCUUUGUUACGAUGCAAAGAGUGGUUUUGGGGAUGAUUUGGGCUCCACUCUUGAUUCUGGGAUCAGUUUAUGUGGGCCUUCAGGCCCAAGUUCGGAUAGGACCGUGCAACAUCUUUCGACCACGGAAAAGCCCGUGUCAACAACAACAAAGAAUGUCUCGUCGGAUGCUGCUACAAGAUCAUGGGGACUAGCUACUUUUGUACUAAUGUCUACUGUAAUUUUGUUGUAAGUAAAGUAUUAAUAGGGAAAACAAUCAAUGGAAACAAGUUACAUAUAAUGUGUCAUAAAUAAGAUUCCAGUGUUCAUUUA